CGGACGGAAAAGGCAGAAGAAAAGAAAGAAAGAAACGGCAAGCUUUGUCAGCUGUUUCGAAGAAGUUUUUAAAGAAACCCUUAGCAGAAAAAGAAACGCAGGUUUCGAUAAAUACACAAACAGAAGAAUCGCCUCCGCAAUUAAUUUUUUCUAAAAAAAAAAAUUACUGGUAGCAUUUGGGAUUGAUAGUAUGCCAUCAGAAUCUGAUAAGUGGGGAUGGGAACAUGUUAGUGUCUUUGGUGGAUUUGACAGGGGAAGUGGCACAAAAAGGUGGAAAUGCAACCAUUGUAAUCUACGAUAUAAUGGAUCUUAUUCACGUGUUAGGGCACACCUUCUUGGUUUCUCAGGUGUUGGGGUCAAGAGCUGCCCAGCAAUAGACAGAUCUCUGAGAGAAGCAUUUCAGAUUCUGGAGGAGGAACGCCUUGUGAGGAAAAAGAAAAAGAAUUCUGCAAAUGGGAAGCCUGGAAAGCGCACUCGUAUUUCACAGGCCAGUAUUUCCUGGAAAACCAUCACCAAAGAAGAUGUAGAUGACAUAGUAGCUAGAUUUUUUUAUGCAGAUGGAUUAAAUAUUGAUGUUGUUAACUCACCUUACUUUCAUGAAAUGGUGAAAGCAAUUGGUGCUUUUGGGUCUGGCUAUGAACUCCCAUCACUAGAUAAGCUGUCUGAUUCAUUUUUAGGUAAAGAAAAAGGAAGGAUUGAGAAGUCACUAGCUCUACUUAGAGAGUCCUGGCCACAUACAGGGUGCACAAUUCUGUGUGUAGGUCGAUUAGAUGGUGCAAUAGGCUGCUUCCAUAUUAAUAUAUUUGUCUCAAGUCCAAGGGGCCUUAUAUUUCUGAAGGCAGUGGAUGUAGAUGAUUGUGAUGAAGGAGACCAUGUCUUGGCUGGUGCCCUUAGUGAUGCAAUUUUGGAAGUUGGACCAUCAAAUGUUCUUCAGAUUAUCUCACAUCUAGGUGAUGCUUGUAAAUCAUCUGAAUCCUAUAUAUUGUCAAAGUUCCCUCAUAUUUUCUGGUAUCCUUGCACUUCACAUUCUAUCCUCAUGUUGAUGGAAGAAAUAGCUGAAUUGGAAUGGGUAAAACCUAUUGUCUUGUGUGCUAGGAGGAUAGAACAAUGCAUCAUGACAUAUCAGCAUGCUACUUCAUGUAUUUUCAUGCAGAGCCCAAAAGAGAGCUGCGAUCUGAUUUCUGCCAAGUUUGCACCUUCUUAUUUCUUUGUCCAAAGAAUUUUUGAGCUGAGGCAGACUCUUCAAGAGGUUGUUGUUAGUGAACAAUGGAAGCACAGUAUUGGAGACAAUGUUGAGAGCAUUGAAUCUGCCAUUUUAGGGGAUGAUUUCUGGAGCAAAUCUCAUUUGUUGUUGCAGUUAUACGAACCAUUUAUAAAAUUACUAGGUCUGCUUGAUAUUGAUAAAUCUGUUAUUGGUGCUGUUUAUGAUUGGCGAGUUCAAGCUCUUGAAGCCUUGCGGAGUAAGGCAAUUGAUGAUGACAUAUUGAAUCAGUUGGAAGUACUGAUUGAGAACAAAUGGGAUGUGCUGUUUUCCCCUCUCCAUGCUACAGGCUAUAUACUGAAUCCUAGAUAUAUUGGAAAAUUUCAAACCAAAGAUAAAUCUGUAAUGCGGGGCUGGAAAGCUACUCUAGAAAGAUAUGAGGGUGAAAGCACAGCAAGGCGUGUUCUGAGAGAGCAGCUCAGCUCUUACUGGCGUCUUGAAGGAUCCUUAGGAGAUGAAGAUGCAGUAGAUUGCCGGGAUAAAAUGGAUCCAGUUGCAUGGUGGGAGAACUUUGGUUUUGAAACUCCCAGCUUACAGACACUAGCCAUAAAGGUACUAAGUCAGGUUUCAAGUGUUGCAUUGUGUCAAGAGAUUUGGCAAACUAAUGACUUCUCAUGUCAAGAAGCUGCAAACAGGUUGGGAGUGCAGAGAGUGGAAGAUCUUCUUUUUGUCCGAAACAAUCUUAGGCUUCAUUACCAAAAAAAUUGUAAUUUAAGCACUUCUCCCGGCCUAAGAAACACAAUUUCAAGUUCUUCUUCUGGAAUCAAGACAUGGGAUAGUUGCUAUUUUGAUCAAACCAAGGCAAUUGUAGAUAUCCAUGACCACUUGUGAUAUAGCCGUUUUAACUUGUUGCUGGAUGUUUUAAGGCCUGAAACUUAGCAGCAGAGGCUUAUGGACUCUCCAGAGUCAAGCCUUAGUGAGUGGAGACUGGGCUGCUGAACACGAAAGACUUGCCACUUUAGGCCUUGAUAGCAUUCAGUAGGUUGCAAGUGAGCUAUGUUCAUAUCCAUUAACCUUUGCCGCUUGCUAAUCAAGAUCUUUUCUGGAGAUUUUGAGGUUAGUAAUAUGUUCUGUUUACAUGUAUAUGUCAAGAGACAGAUAGCUUUAUAUUUGUAGUUUGAAUAAUAUAUGUAAAUAUCAUCAAGGUUAGUUACCUGAAAAUUACUAAUUCAUCAUGCAAGACCUUUACGAUUGCAGCUAUCCUUUAGUUUCUAUAAAAAUGGGCCGAUCCAGGUUUCUGUUUCCUC